AUGACCGAACAAAAAGCAAAACGUAUUCGUUCAAUGAAUUGGGAUGAAGAAGAAAGGCAAUUGUUUCGUAGUAUUUUGAGAGACUAUUCCCACAUCAUAGAGGAGAAAUCUUUAAAUGCAAACUCCAAUAAAUCAAAAACAAAAGCAUGGGAAGCAGUUCAUCAAAAGUUCAAUGAAUUAAAUAGCAGACCUAGGGAUUUAAGACAAUUGCAGACCCAAUGGAAACAUAUGAAAAUGAAUGCCCGCAAGGUUUACAGCGAUUAUACUCGAGAGCAGAAAAAGACAGGAGGUGGACAGGGACCCACAAUUCCAGAUGAGAUAGUGAUGGAGAUUAAGGACAUCAUGAAUCCUGCAGAAUUGUUGAGAGAUCAUAAUGUAUAUGAUUCUGAUGGCCCUAUAAUACAAUUAUCAACUUAUGAAGAACCAAGUACUAGUGAAGAAGUGGACACCCAAUUAAAGAUAUUUGAGAAUGAUAUAUUGUCACCAAUGGAGAGUGAAGAAUUUACAGAGGUGGAGAGUGAACAUGUGGAGAUUAAAGAAAUGAAACAGUUUGUUAAUGAAGGGGCAAGCACAUCGAAAGGAAAGGACAUACCGUGCAUCUCCACUCCCAUUAGGAAAAAUUUUAAAAACGUAGAACGCAAAAUUAGUAAGAAGGAUCAAGAAUAUGUGGCAAGUAUGGUUCAAUUGUCAACUGAACUAAAAGAAAAAGAGCACAAUAAAUAUAUGGAGUUUCUAGAAAUUGAACAUAAGAGACGCAUGAGAAUUAUGGCAAGAGAGCAUAGGAUGGUUGAAAAAGAACAUAGCCUCAAAAAAAAAGUUCAGGAGGAAACUUUAAAAAAUAUUUUAUUACAAAGGGAAAAUAUAAAAAAUACUAAUAAACAUAAUGAAUUGUAA